UACACGUCGUCAUCCAAAGCUAGCUGCUGCUCCUUUGGGAAAGCGCACAAAGUUGGAGCCCUUUGGGAGCACAAUACAAAGCACCAGUAAAAAUAGAUUCCGAAAGGAGGAGAAAGAAAGUUUCGAUCUCGUCUGCAGAUCGAACCAAAGAAAGAGAAAGGGAAAGGGAAAGAGAAAAGAGCAAGAAGAGGUCGAAAAUGGCAUCAGCCAAUCAGGUCAGGGCAUCUCACAUACUUGUAAAGCACGAGGGCUCUCGAAGGAAGGCGUCCUGGAAGGAUCCUGAAGGUCACAUAAUCAAGAACACCACCAGAGAAGCCGCCGUCACUCAGCUUAAAGUCUUUCGUGACGACAUCAUUUCUGGCAAGGCUAAAUUUGAGGACAUCGCCUCUCGCUUCUCCGAUUGUAGCUCCGCCAAGCGCGGCGGCGAUCUCGUCCAAAUAAAGCGGUAUGCAAACAUUGUCACAGGUCCAUUUGGUCGAGGCCAGAUGCAGAAGCCUUUUGAAGAUGCAACAUAUGCCCUUAAAGUUGGUGAGAUAAGUGACAUCGUGGAUACUGACAGUGGGGUGCACAUCAUCAUGAGAACUGGUUAAUUCAGAAGUACCAAGUAUAUCGAAUGAUUUUUCAAUGUACUUGGCAAACAGAUGACAAUAUUACAUUGUUGACUUGCACUGGUCUUAUUAUGUGAGAUUUGACUCCUUGAUGCAUUGUUGACUUGCACUGGUCUGAUUCGUGUGCUUGGGAUUACAUUGCCCUGAAAAUUUCUGGUUGUGUUUUAGGAUAAUUUGACCGACUUAAUAAGGGAUUUUAUUUAAGCUUUUGUUUAUUUC